GAGUAAAAUCCUGAAAUCGUAUUUGCGUUUGUGUAUUUAUAUUACUUUCGAAUAAAUGUGUUAAUCGUUUUUCUGCUUCGUUUGUAUGAAGGAGAUUACAAAAAAUAUCGUUUCUAUAUGUUUUCGUUGGAAUUCGUUAGAAAUUUAUUUAUGUGUUGUUUUCUGUCAACUUCAGUAAGUCUUAUAUUACCCCAAGAUUGAUUUGGAGUUUUGCUGGUUCAUUGAAAAAUCUGGUGCCUCAUGUGAAAAAAAAAAAGAAAAAAAAAUAAACAAGGCAAGCGAAGAAAUUUGAAGCUUUGUCAUAUAGAAAUUUACUGAUUACAUUUCAUCAUGGCUGCAGGCAAUGUUCCGAAACGUACAACACUAGCUGUUUUCCAAAAAAUGCCGAUGGAAUAUGUUCCUUGCUCAGCAAGUAAACAAAUUUUCAGUGAAAGAUUGCUUGUUGAAGCUGCUGCCAUCGGCGAUCUGGAUACUGUUGAAAGUCUGCUAAAUGCCGGUGUUGCAGUGGAUGCUAAGGAAUAUAAUAAAGCUCUGUUCUACUCUUCAAAAAAUUAUGCAACCCCUCUCCAUCUUGCUGCUGGAAAUGGAUUUGUAAAAUGUGUAGAAUUUCUACUAAAGCGCGGUGCUUGUGUUAAUGCAAAGGAUCGGUUUGAUAUUACUCCGCUUCAUAUGGCUGCACAAAAUGGACAUUUCUCCUGCUUGGUAACUUUAUUAGAUGCUAAUGCUGACUGCAUGAUGGCAACAAAAUAUACUGUGGCAGGAUCCUCAGUACCUUUGCCGCAUUAUGGGGGCACUACAGCUCUUCAUUUGGCAGCGGCUAAUAAUCAUGCCAGAUGUGUUAAAGAGUUGAUUCUCUAUGGGGCAGAUUAUAAUGCCGUAGAUGAGCGUGGGCGUACUAGUUUGUACAUUGCAGCCCAACUAGGACAUCGGGAAUGUGUGAUGGCGCAUUUGAAAAAUGCUGUUGGCAGAGACAUUUUGUCCCUGCCAAGCUUUCAUACAUAUGAUACUCCUCUUCACUUUGCAGUUAGCUGCAAGAUGGCAGAUUGUGUGUAUGAAUUACUGAAAUUAGGAUCUGAUCCUAGUCAUAGGAACUUCAAUGGUAUAUCCCCAUUACAUUUAACAUUGAGGGGAAACGACAAUGUGAGUUUCGAAAUCUUAAAAAUGCUAGUGUUAGAAGGAUAUAAUACAAACAUCAAUGUAACUGAUAAAAAUGGUUUCACCCCUCUGCAUUACGCUUGCUUUGAAAGAAAAUUUACCGAGCAAGUCUUUGAAAUGAUUAAGUUCUUAAUAUCUUAUGGUGCUGAUGUAAAUAUAAAAAACACUUGCAACUGUAGCUUAUUAGAAUACGAACUGAUAUCUACUGAUGAGGAUUAUAGUGUUUUGAAGCAAGUUGUGAAAAGCAUGCUUGCUAUUCCCCAUUUAAAUGCAUUAAGAUUAGUUAAUGAAUCAUUCGCAGUCUUGAAAGCCGGUGUGCAUUUUGCUGCUGAAGAUGGAAUUCGACGUCAGCGCAUUCUCCAAUAUUUUAUGAACAGAUAUUUCCCUGAUAAUGAAGAAAUGGAUGAAGAACAGUUUGAUCUUGCUUAUGCAGUCAAUGUUGAACCGUUAAUGAAUAUCGGACUCGAUGACCCAGCUAGAUUAGCGAUGAUAGAUGAUAUGCGUAGGUUGCAGCAUUUUGGAAGUUUUGCACCUAGACAAUAUUAUCCUCCAACAGACAUUAAUCCCAGUGAUAAAGCUGCAUUCUACAAGGAAAAACAUUUCUGGUAUGAAGACAUUGCAUCAAAUCCCAGAACAUUACAACACUGUUGCCGAUAUGCUAUUCGAAAGGCACUGGGACCGAAAAAUUUAAAACAUGCACACGAACUGCCUCUUCCAAGUUCCUUUCUUUCAUACUUAUUGCUAGAAACUGAAGUUAUUUGAUGCAAUUUGGGUGUUUGAUUUUUUACCUGCAGUCAAUUUUAUGCUAUAUAAUUUUGUAUUUUAGUUAAAAGUUGUAGGCCUAUGAACAUGCCACGGGUUAAAUGAAAAAUGUGUCAAAGUAUAAAUAUUCCAUCUACAGGAAAAUGUAAUGCCUUUAAAAUGUUGAAUUUUGUUAAUAAAAGAGAAAGCUA